AUGCUCAUUUUUUUCACUGUGAUUCUCACUCAGUCGCUGUCUGCCGUUGCAGGUGAAAUCAUCGAAGGCAAACGGGCAAAGAAGACGGUCGAGAGGCUCGAUUUACAGGCGCCGAAGCAGAAGGAGAAGCUCAAGACCGGAGAUGGUAGCGGUGAUAAAUUAGGAGACAUUCCUCGCAUCGGCUUCAAGAUCAAUAAGAUAAAAGCAGCCGACCUGAAACCUCUUCACGCCAUCCUGUUCGACAGGCAGGGAAAGAUGGCCCUGUUAAAGAAGAACUUGCGUCUGUUCAACGGUUUUCCUUUUGAUGCCGACAGCGAACAGUACACCAAGAAACGGGAAAAACUCCUCAAGAACUCUAACUUCACCAACACCAAACUGAAGGUUGUCUGCGAUGUUCUGGAUCUGGAGAAGAAAGGAACCCAGGCGGAUCUGGUGGACCGGAUCCUGACGUUCCUCAUUGAACCUAAAAACAGCGGGAAGCGUCUGCCCGUGAAGAAGAAGAGGAAAUCGAAGAAGAAACUCUCCGGCGACGACUCAAAGUCCAGCGCCAAGAAGAAGAGCAAACCCAAACCCAGGAGCUCGUCCUCCAGUCCCAAGAAGUCCAAAACCGGGAGCAAGUCCAAAGCCAUCGUCAUGGACUCCAGCAGCGACGAGGAAGACGACGAGGAAGACGAGAAGGCGGCGGCUUCGGCCGAGGCCGAGGGGUCGGACGCCGAGGACAAACCAUCGGACAAAGAAGAAGAAGAAGAGCACUCCGACAAGUCUGAGGAGGAAGAUGAAGAUGAAGAAGAAGAGGAGGAGGAGGAGGAGGAAGACGAUGAUGAUGAGUCUCCCAAAUCCAAGUCCGGCCGAGGGAAGUCUGCUUCCAAGAAGUCGGCGCCGGCGAAAAGGCCGCGGACGCCGGCGAAGAAGACGGCGCCUCCUCCUAAAAAGAGAGCGAAGAAAGAAGAGUCGGACGCGUCGGAGUCGGACGCCGACAGCGAAGCCGAGGAGAAGCCCAAAAAGAAGAAGUCGACUCCAGCCAAACCCGCCGCCAAAACCAAGAAGGCCGACAGCAGCAGCAGCAACAGGAAAAACACAAACACAGGUGAGGUCAUUUCAGACGAC